GUUUGAAAAUUGUGCGCUGUAUAAAAGAGUCGAUCGUUUGCAGUUGCAAGUAUAGUUUGAGAAAGUGAAUCGCAGACACAGUUUCAUAAAAUCAUUUCAAAAUUUAAUUUUCUAAAUAUUCCGCAACAUCAAAAUGGGUUGUCCACAGUGUUGUAAAGAUUGCAAAUGCACUGCAGCUAAGUGCGGAGAUGGCUGUCCUUGUGAUCAGAAAUGCAAAUGCAAUUGCAAGAGCGGUACCAAGGGCGAUUGCUGCACGAAAUAAAUUCGAUGGACCUGCACAAUUUCAAAAUAAAUGUCAACAUGUAAUGGAAAAUUGAAUAAUUGAGCUUCGAAAUGGGGUUGAAUAAAGCAAAAACAACAACAAUA